UGUUUUAGGUAGUUAGUAACUAGUAACAUUGUCAACUAGCUCAGAUAGAACCUGAGCUUUUUCUAUAUUUUGUAUUUGCUCUAUUUGUUUUGGUAUACCGGUAAGAUACAACAUCGCCAAAAAUAUUUACGGUGUACGGAAUGUAGCAAUAAAUUCCUAUUUAUUGUUCAUAAGGCGAUUGAAAGUUUGUAUUUGGCAGCGUCAGCUUGCUUCCUUUCAGAGCAGACAACCAAAUUAGAUUUCAAAAGAUCAACGCAGAGAAACUGUUUUACAAAAUUUUCAAAUGUCCUUUCGAUUUUUCUUUUCUUAUGAUUGUACUAGGGUUCGACGGAAUUUGUCAAACAUAUUUUUGGAUAUGAUGAACGUAUUUAGUUCUUUUGGAAACAUUUUUUUCUCUUGGAGACACUGAUGUGGAAAAAGAAUGAUUUUUUUUUCUUGACUGGUCAUGAGAAAAUAAGUUCUCAGAAAGAAAUGAAUAGCUGUAGAGCGAAUUGUAAAAGAGAAAUGAUAUUUGUAUAUUGUGUACAACAAAAUGUAUAUAAAAAAUGUGCAUACAAAAAUAGUAUAUAUAACAUUUUACUGAAAAAAAGUGUUCUCUCACCUUCUAGAAUGUAGCAAUGUAAGUCUCGACAAAGAUUGAUUUAGUGUAAAAUGACAAUGCAUCUCUAUUUAUUUCUAUAAUUUUAUUGAUGUUAGAACUAAUUGGUCGUUUAGUAUGAUUUCUUUUUUUUUUUCUUCAAUCCAAGUUCUUUCUGUUCUAUUUUUUUUCCAUCCUGUCUUUCCUUUCAAAAGUCAACAAGAGGACAAUAAAAGAAAAUAAUGAUCUAUUCAACUCACAAACUUUUAUUAUUUGGUUGUUUAUGCUAAUUAAUUUUAUUAGUCUAACGGAAGAAGAAAGUUAAAAAAAUGACCUAUGUUAAAAGGUUAUAUAUCUUGUAGUUUGAUAGCAAAGUUUGUAAUUGUCAUUUGAGAUACUUAUAAUCAGCAGCAAAUACAAGUAUUAUUGGAAAAUAUAAAUUAAUUUGGCAACAGAACUUAUAACUAUAAUUUGAAAUAUUUAUAAUUGGAGGCAAUUAUAUGUAUGCAUUGAGAAAUGCAAAUUGGAAGAAACCAACUGUUGAACCAGGUUAAAAUGUUAGUAUUGGUUUAUUUAUGAUUUUUUUUUUCUAUGGUAUACGAUGUCAGAUUUUUUUAUUAAAUUUUAAUUUCAACAAUGCUAGGGAACUAAGAUGCUUUCGGCCAAAAACCUGCUAACUCUUAUUGGGCUGAGAACAUGAAACCCAGUCCACUUCAGCAACAUCUCAAAUUAACCUAGGCAAACACAAUUAACUUAAGUGAACCCUCUCAUCUCCUUUCACCGUUUCACCACAUCAGACCUACAUUACCAUACACGGCUGUGCCACACCACCACUUUCAUCGCAUGGCGUUCUCUUCCGCCGUCGAUGGCCGCUGUGCCUCGGACCACAUCGUGCGAGCAACUUCAAUUUUCCAUAGCUAGCUACGGAACGUUGCAAAGCUUCUCUCCUGUUGGCUUGGUCAUUGGCGCGUCAGUCGGAAUCACGCCCAUCUCCGCCGCAGCGACGUCAUGCCACCCAGUUGCGAGGAAGAAGGCGGUUCUGCUUGUCGACAAGAGUGCGCCGCUGCUGCUGCAUGUAGGUGUAGGCGCCAUUGAAGCAUCUAUUCCCUGCUACUAUAAACGCGACAGAACGUCCCCUACCCCAGCCUCAAAACAUCCCUUGCGAGAACUAAUUGUUUUCAUUAAAGGAUUCGGGGCUGUUUCUUGUGAAACCGCAGCAGGAUUGUAUUGCAGAGAAGCCAACCAACAUGGAAAAAAAAGAAAUUGUUGGAGUCGCGAUGCUCGCCCAGCUACAUACAUGACAUGAUGAGCACGCUAUCUAAAAACAACUCCGUUGAGAAGCUUGCAGAGAUUG